AGGAUCAUUAGCAAGAUGUUGAUUCAGCUAUUUACUUCGUUUUUUCUUCUCAUUCUUCCAUUUGUCAUCCUAAAAAUCAUCACCAAAACAUCAAAAUCCAAAGAAUCUGAUCCUUCAAUUCCCCCCAAACAUUAUCCGAUAAUCGGUUCUUCUUUAGCCCUCAAAUCCCACGAAGAAGAUCGUGUGCAAUGGACUGCACAAAUCCUCCAGAACUCUCCCUCUGGAACUUUCACCUUCCACCUCUUAUUCGGUGGUCGGCAUAUUUUCACGGCGAAUCCAGCCAAUGUCCAGCACGUACUCAAAACCCAAUUCUCCAACUACCAGAAAGGCCCUUCGUCUUACAGCGUUCUCUUCGAUUUUCUCGGCAACGGAAUCUUCAACGUCGACGGCGAGUCGUGGAAGUUCCAGAGACAAGUUUCCAGCCACGAGUUCAACACCAAGUCUCUUCGUAAAUUUAUUCAAGACGUUGUUGAUACCGAGCUUAAUGGGCGUUUGAUCCCGAUGUUUUCCGGUGUUGCUGCUGAUGAGAACGUGCUUGACUUGCAAGAUAUUCUUCAGAGAUUCGCUUUUGACAAUGUUUGUAAGAUCGCUUUCGGGUUUGACCCAGCAUGUGUUUCGCCGUCGUCACCGGCGGCGGAGUUCGCUGAAGCGUUUGAAGAUGCUACUAAAAUAAGUGGCACAAGGUUCCGUGCUUUGUUUAGUUUAUCCUGGAAAAUCAUGCGAUUUUUCGAUGUGGGAUCGGAGAAGAGACUGAGAAUUGCGGUCUCUCGAGUUCGUGACUUUGCGAUGAAGAUCGUAAGGGAAAAGAAACAGGAAUUAGCUGAUAAAUCGUCUUUGGAAUCCGUUGAUCUUCUAUCGAGGUUUUUGAGCUCCGGCCUCACGGACGAGAAUUUCGCGACGGAUAUUGUCAUCAGCUUUAUACUCGCCGGCCGCGACACGACGUCGGCUGCUUUGACGUGGUUUUUCUGGCUAUUGUCCAAGAACCCUGGAGUUGAAGAAGAGAUUCUCAAAGAAAUCAAAGGGAAAUCCGGCAUGCCGGUGUUCGAGGAAGUUAAAGACAUGGUUUACACGCAUGCCUGUCUCUGCGAGACUAUGAGACUGUACCCUCCGGUUCCGGUGGACGGCAAGACGGCGGAGAACGACGAUGUUUUGCCAGACGGGACGGUGGUGAAGAAAGGAACGAUAGUGACGUAUCAUCCUUACGCAAUGGGGAGGAUGAAGAUGCUAUGGGGAUCGGAUUGGGCAGAGUUCAAGCCGGAGCGGUGGUUGCAGAGGGACGAGGGAGGGAAAUGGAGCUUUGUGGGGAGAGAUCCUUACACUUAUCCAGUGUUCCAGGCGGGACCCAGAGUUUGUUUGGGAAGGGAGAUGGCGUUUCUGCAGAUGAAGAGGGUGGCGGCAGGCGUUCUACGACGGUUCAAGGUUGUGCCGGCGGUGGAGGAUGGGUUUGAACCAUCGUUUGUUGUUUCCCUGACGUCGAAGAUGAAAGGUGGCUUCCCAGUGAGGAUUGAGGAAAGGGGAGAUGUCGAGUAGCUAAUAAUGCGUUGAGAUUAACGUGCCAGUGAAUUUAAUUUUUUUUAU